AUGACUUUCCACAGAGUGGAGAAUGCCUGCACCAAACUUGUUCGGGCAGCCCAGAUGCUACAAGCAGAUCCUUAUUCAGUACCAGCUCGUGACUAUCUAAUUGAUGGAUCAAGAGGCAUCCUUUCUGGAACAUCAGACUUACUUUUGACAUUUGAUGAAGCAGAGGUCCGUAAAAUCAUCCGUGUCUGCAAAGGAAUAUUGGAAUAUCUGACUGUGGCGGAAGUAGUAGAGACUAUGGAGGAUUUGGUGACAUACACAAAGAAUCUAGGGCCAGGAAUGACAAAGAUGGCCAAAAUGAUUGAUGAGAGACAACAGGAAUUAACUCAUCAGGAACAUAGGGUUAUGCUGGUAAACUCCAUGAAUACCGUGAAGGAGCUAUUGCCAGUACUUAUUUCAGCUAUGAAGAUUUUUGUAACUACAAAAAAUUCUAAAAGUCAGGGAAUAGAAGAGGCCUUGAAAAAUCGCAAUUUCACUGUCGAAAAAAUGAGUGCCGAGAUAAACGAAAUAAUCCGUGUGUUACAACUCACUUCCUGGGAUGAAGAUGCCUGGGCGAGCAAGGACACAGAAGCCAUGAAAAGAGCUUUAGCCUUAAUAGAUUCAAAGAUGAAUCAGGCAAAGGGUUGGCUGAGAGAUCCAAAUGCACCUCCAGGGGAUGCUGGUGAGCAAGCAAUAAGGCAGAUCCUUGAUGAAGCUGGAAAAGCAGGAGAACUGUGUGCAGGCAAAGAACGCAGAGAGAUUCUGGGAACAUGCAAAACUCUGGGCCAGAUGACUGAUCAACUGGCUGACCUCCGAGCGAGAGGACAGGGUGCUACACCCAUGGCUAUGCAGAAAGCGCAGCAGGUGUCACAAGGUCUGGAUUUGCUCACUGCGAAAGUGGAGAAUGCAGCCCGCAAGCUGGAGGCCAUGACAAACUCUAAGCAGGCAAUUGCUAAGAAGAUCGAUGCUGCUCAGAACUGGCUUGCAGAUCCCAAUGGGGGCAGUGAAGGAGAAGAACAUAUCCGGGGAAUUAUGGCUGAAGCAAGGAAAGUUGCAGAGUUGUGUGAGGAGCCUAAAGAAAGAGACGAUAUCCUUCGUUCCUUGGGUGAAAUCUCUGCUUUGACAGCCAAGCUGUCAGAUCUGCGACGACAUGGGAAAGGUGACUCUCCUGAGGCCCGUGCAUUGGCUAAACAAAUAGCUACAUCACUUCAGAAUUUACAGUCCAAAACAAACAGGGCUGUAGCAAAUACUAGGCCAGUUAAAGCAGCUGUCCAUUUGGAGGGCAAGAUUGAGCAAGCUCAAAGGUGGAUAGACAAUCCUACAGUUGCUGAUCGGGGAGUAGGCCAGGCAGCAAUUCGGGGUUUGGUGGCAGAAGGUCGUCGUUUAGCCAAUGUCAUGAUGGGACCUUAUCGUCAAGACCUGCUUGCCAAAUGUGACCGUGUAGACCAGCUGGCUGCUCAGCUGGCUGACCUCGCAGCAAGAGGGGAGGGAGAGUCUCCUCAGGCCAGGGCAAUUGCUGCUCAGCUUCAGGACUCACUGAAGGAUCUGAAAACACGGAUGCAAGAGGCAAUGACCCAGGAGGUUUCUGACAUUUUUAGUGACACCACAACUCCUAUUAAAUUGUUAGCAGUAGCAGCCACUGCUCCCUCUGAUGCUCCCAAUAGAGAUGAGGUGUUUGAUGAAAGAGCAGCAAACUUUGAAAACCACGCUGCUCGACUGGGAGCUACGGCAGAAAAAGCAGCUGCAGUUGGAACUGCCAAUAAAACUACUGUGGAGGGCAUUCAGGCAACGGUGAAAUCUGCAAGGGAACUUACCCCUCAGGUAGUAUCAGCUGCUCGUAUCCUCCUGAGAAAUCCUGGAAAUCAAGCUGCUUAUGAACAUUUUGAGACUAUGAAAAACCAGUGGAUUGAUAAUGUAGAAAAAAUGACAGGGUUGGUGGAUGAAGCCAUUGACACUAAAUCUCUGCUGGAUGCAUCAGAAGAGGCUAUUAAGAAAGACCUUGACAAAUGUAAAGUUGCGAUGGCCAACAUUCAACCUCAGAUGCUGGUAGCUGGUGCCACCAGCAUUGCUAGGCGAGCAAACCGCAUCCUACUGGUGGCAAAAAGGGAGGUUGAAAAUUCAGAAGAUCCUAAGUUCCGGGAGGCAGUUAAAGCAGCCUCUGAUGAGCUAAGCAGAACCAUAUCGCCGAUGGUAAUGGAUGCUAAAGCAGUGGCAGGAAACAUUUCUGAUCCCGGUUUGCAGAAGAGUUUCUUGGAUUCUGGAUACAGAAUUCUGGGAGCUGUGGCCAAAGUCAGAGAAGCCUUCCAGCCUCAGGAACCAGAUUUCCCCCCUCCUCCUCCUGACCUUGAGCAUCUUCAUCUGACUGAUGAGCUUGCUCCUCCAAAACCACCACUGCCAGAAGGUGAGGUUCCCCCACCCAGACCACCACCACCUGAAGAAAAGGAUGAAGAGUUUCCAGAGCAGAAAGCAGGAGAAGCUAUUAAUCAGCCCAUGAUGAUGGCUGCUAGGCAGUUGCAUGAUGAAGCCCGGAAAUGGUCUAGCAAGGGUAACGACAUCAUUGCUGCUGCUAAACGAAUGGCACUGCUAAUGGCAGAGAUGUCACGCCUGGUGAGAGGAGGCAGUGGAAACAAGCGUGCCCUCAUUCAGUGUGCAAAGGACAUUGCUAAGGCAUCAGAUGAAGUCACUCGGUUAGCCAAAGAGGUGGCAAAGCAGUGCACUGACAAGCGCAUUAGAACAAACCUCUUGCAGGUCUGUGAGCGAAUCCCAACCAUCAGCACACAACUGAAAAUUCUCUCCACUGUCAAAGCUACCAUGCUGGGCAGAACUAACAUCAGCGACGAAGAGUCGGAACAGGCAACUGAGAUGUUGGUUCAUAACGCCCAGAAUCUCAUGCAGUCUGUGAAGGAAACUGUGAGAGAAGCUGAAGCAGCAUCCAUUAAGAUAAGAACAGAUGCUGGAUUCACUCUUCGUUGGGUCAGAAAGACCCCCUGGUAUCAGUAGACACUUGCCACAUAAGUAUUGUUUCCUGUAACAUAAAAUGCCUUUUUUUUUUUUUUUUUUCUUGGAAACAGGAGAGAUAUAUUAACAGCAAAAGGUGCUGUAUACAUGAGCGUAAGGUCAGCUUAUGCUAAUGCCCCAUUCUAAGGGUAUGAAUUAUAAGAGAAUGCAUUUCAAAUGUCUUCGGAACACAUUUGAUAUCCAACACCUCAGAAUCACUUCCGAUGGUAGACAGUUCGUAUCCUUUAUUUUUUAUCUUGUUUUGCUUUGAAGAUUCUCUUGAUGAAUUCUGUACUCCCAGAAGCACAUUUCAUUUAUGCACUGUAUAUUCCUUUAGUUUCCAUGUGAUGGUAUAAAACAUGGACCUCACUUUAAGCUUGUGUUGAGAGUCUAGGACACUAUUGGUUACUUGGCAGGUUUUUAGGGACAAUCAUUGACAGAGAAACAUUGAACACUUCAGCAGGUGGCUGGUUUUACACCAUGCAGAAAUGAUGGAAGAUGUAAGGGGGUUACAUUAAAAAGUGUGGGAGGGCAGCAGAACAGUUGUAAACUGAGGAUUACAAUUCCAUGUCUGAAAUUACAUUCUUUGCUUUUGAUUUGUUCC